AUGAAUAAAAGUAACACAAAUUUGAAACGAACACAUACAAUUGAAGAUUCAAAACAUGCACCAGCAAAAAGACAAUUUCGAAAUGAAAAUGAAAAACGUCGUCGUGAUUUAUUUAGUCAAUUAGUUGCUAAUUUAGAAGAUAUUCUUAAUAUUGAGAAAAAAUCUUCAUCAGAUGAUCAAAUAAAUAAAACAUCAUCAUCAUCAUCAUCACAAACAAAUAAAUUAGAUAAAGCUUCGAUUUUAUGUGAAACUGCUAUUUAUUUAAGAAAACAUCAUCAUAAAUUAACAAUUGAACCAACAACUCCUUCAUCAAGUUCAAAAAGAACAGUUGAUCAAAUAAAUGAUACGAUUGAUUUUUCUUGGAAACCACCAUCAAAUAUUCUUAUUAAUGAAGAAUGGAUUCAAACAACAAUUGAAUCAAUGAAUUGUUUUUUUCUUGUUACUAAAUCUGAUCCAUAUAAUUGUCAAAUAGUUUAUGUUUCAAAAAAUAUAAGUUCAUUACUUGAUUAUUCUCAAAAUGAACUUCUUAAUCGUUCCUUAUUUGAAUUUAUUUCACCACGUGAUCAUGAUCAUUUACGUGAUUACUUUUUAAAAGAUCAUAGAGUAUUAUCACCAUGUGAUUUAUCAUGGAAACGAGCAGGAACUGAUGAGCAUGAACAAUGUACAAUAAUUGGAGCAUUUCGACAAAAAAAUAGAGAAAAAGAAGAAAAUGAUGAAAAAUAUUUAAUGUCAAUUGUUAAAGUAAAUACAUUGGAUAGAACAAUUCUAAUUAAUAAUUUUAAUUCAAUUAAUCAAUUUACAACUCGUUUAAAUCUUCAUGGAAGAUUUAUUCAUAUUGAUUCCAAAGCUCGAGAAUUUCUUGGUUACAGUUCAUAUGAAUUAAUUGGUCAUACACAUUUUGAUUUUGUUCAUCCUGAUGAUUUACCAAUUAUUGUUCAAGCACAUCAAAUAUGGAAAACAAAUGGAAAUGGUAAAAGUGAACCAUAUAGAUUUUUAAGUAAAGGUCAACAAUGGAUUUAUCUUCAAACACAUUGUCAAGUUCAAAUAAAUAGUUGGACGGGAAAACCUGAAAGUUAUCUUUGUACAACAUAUCCUUUACAAAAUUCAAGUGAUUCUUUACAAAAACCAUUAUCAUAUAAAUCACUAUCUUCUCAAACGGCUAAUUAUUCGAUUCAAGCUCCUUUAACAACAACAACAAAUACAACAUCAAAAUCAAGUUCACAAAAAAGCGAUUCUUCAUCCGAUACUCAAAUAAAGUCAUUUUUAUCUCAUCUUGGAAAUGAAACAUAUCGAAGAAAUAUUCGAGAUAAAUUAAAUGAACAUCGAUUACAUAAACAAGCUGAAAUACGUGUUCGAGAAGACGAAAUUAAAAUAAUUGAAGAUAUUGUUCAAUUUAUUAAUGAAUUUGAAUUAAAACGUUCAACAAAUCUUUCACCAAAACCGUUAAAUCCUUCUUUACCUAUUUGUGUAACAACAACAACACCAACAACAACACCAACAACAACAACAACAACAGCAAUUAUCGAUUCAACAUCUCAAAUAAAUCAAGAAGAUUCUACGAAUGAAAAUAAUGAAUUGAAAACAACUAAUAAUCGAACAGUAUUAAGUUCCGCAUCAUUAAUUGGUACUAUUGAUGAAUUAUCUCUUCAAUCUUCAUCAAUGAAUUAUCGUCAGAAUUCAUCAACAGAUAAUCCAAAUAUUCGUUUAUCAAAAGAUGAAAAUUUAUUUGAUACAUUAACUAAUUCAUUAUUUUCACCUCAACAAGGUACUUUUUGUUUAUCAUCACCAAUAACAUCAUUUUCAAUUCUCUCGCAUUCAUCACCAGCAACUUCAAUUAUAUUAUCUAUUUCACCAACAUCAACACCACCACCAUCAACACUAACAACAACUGAAUUAUCACCAUCAAAUAAUUAUAGAACAAUAAAUAAUGAUAACGAUAUUAUAUUAUCUUCAACAGAAUCAAUAACAACAAAUCCAAAUUCAAAUAUGAUUCCAACAGAACAACCUCCAAUAAAGUCAUCCUUUAAUCGUUCAUUACCACAUAGUCUUGUUUCGUGA